UGCCGACGGUUGACAACAUUAAUUUACAUACCAAAGCAGAAGUUUGCUUUAAGUUAUGAUAUUCAGUAGUGCACGUUUUGAUCAAUAUUUCUCGUUAAACGCACCGAAAUUUUCUUGUGUAUUAACAAUCGGCAGUCGUCACAUUUUCAAAUAAUAUUUGUUUUUUAUAUCUAUGUAAGAAGAAUGUGAACAAAAAGAUUGUAGCACCAUCUACAGUAUGUUGACAAACUGUCAGCAGCACGUGUAUUUGUCAUUGUUUAUUCCGAAAGUACAUCCGCAUAUAUACUUCAGAUUUAAAUAAAAUAUUUUUAAACUUUGAAUAUAUAGUUGACCUUUGCAUAUAUUCGUUUGUACAUUUAACAUUUUUACAAAUAAAAUUAGAAUUUUCGAUCACGAUAAUACCCUUUCUAUUUUGCAAUUGAAAAAAAUGGUUAAUUUGGAAACAUAUGAAACUGAACUAGAAAAAAUUCGUCAAAAUGCGCGCGAAAAUAAUAUUUCUGAAAGUGAUAUUGACAAAAUGUUAACAAGAUCAUUUCGAAUUCUUGAAGCAAGUACAGAACAACGUGGUGUAUCUUAUUGUAUAAAAUUAAUAACUACAAUUUUAUUUGUGAUAAUUGUAUGUUUUGUUUGUUUUGAUCAGCGAUUCAUUGCAGUUAUGAUAAUGAGAAAUUUGCAAAAUUCUAUUUACCCAGGUUUAAAGUUACUUAGAAAAAUAGCUGUGCCUGUAAUUCAACAUUAUCCUUCUUUAUCUGAAUUUUAUGAUGAAUGGUGUAUAUUGGAAAAUCCGUACUUUUACGUAAAUGAUAUUGACUGUUGGCCCUGUAGUGUUGUACACUUUGUACCUGAUUUAACUGGUCACCAGAUAUCUAGAUCCUUCAAUCCUGGAAUUCCUUAUACAAAAACAGAAAAUUUAUCUGAAAUUUCUUUAAAAGAUGUAAAGCAGUUAUUUUGGGAAAAUUUUGAUGUAUUUGAGAGGGAUGCUAUGAAAGUACAGUCUAAUAAUUUAACUUACAGACAUAUUCGAGAUGUUAUGAAAAGUAAGACGGAUUUAUGCUUGUCAGAAAACUUAGAUAAUCAUAUUACUUGGAGAAUUAAUCGUAUGACUGCAGGACGAAUUUUAAGAAAACUAUUUCCUAUACCUGUGGAUACACCAAUUUGGUGGGAACAAAGUACAGAAAAAUUUAUUUUUUUUGAUGAACAAAAAUCUCCACCAUAUGCUUUGCCGAACCCUGAGUGCAGCAAUGUAGUACUAAGAUGUACGACUGGUUCAAGAUUAAUAAAAAUGGUAGCAAGUCCUGAAUGCAGUGGGUCAUGUGAAUCUUUCAUAGUAUUAUUAUCUGCUGGGAAGAUUUUAUGGUACAAUUGGUGGUAUUGGCGACCAAUUAGCCUUCCAGCUUUAAAUUCUACUAAUGUAUCCCUUAGUUAUAUGAUUUCUUUUUGCUAAAUAUUUUACAGAAUCUAAAUUAUUUUUGUAUAAUUAUUAGGUAGUAACAUAAGUAAUUUCAGCUGCAAGUAUGGAUGUAUUCUAAUUCUAAGAAUUUAACUGUGACAAAUAAAAGAUUACUUCUGGUCAAUUUAAAUAAAUACAUUAUUAAAGAA